AUGGGAACCAAGCACUCAAAGAACGAGGGACGAAGAAGCAUGCUUUUCCUGCGGAAAAGUUCAAAGUUGCCUGCAUGGGAAGAUGCUCUUCUCUCAGGGAAAGACCCCAAGUCACUGCUGAAACGGGGACUGCAUUAUAUUAGCUUGAGCCUUAUAAUGAAAGGGAUGACCAGUGCCCCUGACUUCUUGUGGGGACUGCCUGAGGUGCAGAAACUGAACCUUUCACGUAACCAACUGGUGGCGAUUUCUCCUUCACUGGGAAAAUUAGACCGACUCGUAGUGCUGAACCUGGGUGGCAAUCGCCUCAAGUGCCUGCCAAAGGAGAUUGGACUACUGAGGAAUCUGAAGGUUUUGUUUGUUAACAUGAACUGCCUGACAGAAGUGCCAGCAGAGCUCAGCUUGUGCAGGAAGCUGGAAGUUUUGAGCCUCUCACACAAUUGCAUCUCACAACUGCCUUCAAGCUUCACUGACCUGACAAGUUUAAAGAAACUGAACCUCAGUAACAAUCGCUUUGUGCAGAUCCCCCUCUGCAUUUUCGCACUGAGGAGCUUAGACUUCUUGCACCUGGGGUCCAACAGGCUUGAAAACAUUGCAGAGAGCGUCCAGUAUCUAGUCAAUUUGCAAAUCUUCAUCAUAGAGAAUAAUAACAUACGCACUCUGCCGCGGUCUCUCUGCUUCAUCACAGCUCUGGAGCUGCUAAAUGUAGAUAACAAUUCCAUACAGACUCUUCCUGAUGACCUCUAUCUGCUGCACAGGCUGCCCCGGAUUGCAUGGAACCCAAUGGACAAAGGCCUCCACAUCUCCCACAACCCUCUGUCUCGGCCCCUGCCUGAGAUCAUUGAGGGGGGACUGGAUGUUCUCUUCAACUAUCUAAAGGAGAAGAAGGAACACAACUAA